CUGGUCUUUCCGAUUAUCAAAUAAGAGACCUUAAUGACGAGAUCAAUAAAUUAAUGCGAGAGAAGGGACAUUGGGAAGAUCAAAUUAAAAAGCUCGGCGGCCCCGAUUAUAGACGGAUAGGACCAAAGAUGAUGGAUUAUGAAGGGAAAGAGGUCCCGGGCAAUCGAGGAUAUAAAUAUUUUGGAAGGGCAAAAGAUUUACCAGGCGUGAGAGAAUUAUUCGAGCAAGAAGCUCCUGAACCACCUAAGCGUACUAGAUUUGAUUUGUAUAAAAAUGUUGACGCGGAUUACUAUGGAUAUCGUGAUGAAGAAGAUGGCACACUAAUAGAAUACGAACAAGAACAAGAGAAGCUAGAAAUUCCAAUGGAUGUUGACGAAUCAGACGAAAAAUAUGUGUCGCAUGUUGCAGUACCUAGUCAAAAAGAAGUAGAGGAAUAUUUGGUUCGAAGACGGAAACGCCAGAUUCUCGAUCGAUAUGUUUCCGAGGAUGUGGAAAAAAUUAUAGAAGAGACAAAAGAAUUGACUGGUAGUUCUUAA